AUGGCGUCCACCGUCAAUAAUAAUAAUAAUGUCAACUCUUUGCCCUCCAACGGAGCUGCUUCCACGCCGCUAAACUCCUCUGUUUCCCCAAAUACAAUGGCCUCGAGAGCUGCCGGGCGUCCCUCGUCCGGUGUCAAGGGACCAGAUCUUAGUCGUCGUCAAUCUGGGAGUCCUGUCGAUGGCGGUCAAAGGUGUGUUCUUUUUUCUUUCUUUCUUUCUUUUUUUUUUUUAUCUUUAAUUUUUUUUUUUUUCUGGUCAUUAUUUCAAUCGAAAGCUUGGACUCAGAACAUCAAUCCAACUACACAAAAACCAUCAAACGCAUAUCCACAGCAGAAUGGAGCCGCUUCAGGGAGGAAAUCUGUCGUCUCUCCCAGCCCGGCGUCCAAGGAGUCGUCUACUCCGGAUCAGCACGCACACGACCGCCUUAUCUUCCUUCUCACAGCCGCCAUCGUACGUUCUCCUCCGCCAAACUCCAUUACGUACGAAGCUAACAGAACACAGGGAAGCAACGUAUCCCUUACCAUGAAAGACGGCGAGAAGUUCACUGGAAUCUUCUCCGGUUCAACUCUAGAGUCUAAUGAAACCAUAUUAAUCCUCAAGAUGGCCCGUCGUCCCCCAUCAGAAUCGGAUUCCGCACAAUCGAACGGUGUCAGCCAGAAUGAACCUUCAUAUGUUGGCUCCGGCUCAGAUCACCAAUUACUGAUCGAUGUUCAAGAUAUCACCUGCUUAGAUAUCCAAUCGCUGUCCACUUCUGGAGUGGUAGCCAAGGACCAGAAUGGUGCCUCUUCCGGCUUCCGCACAGACACAGAUAUCUCCGGCAAUCAGCCAGGCCGUGAAAGACAGCUGCAACGCUGGGAACCAAGCGGGACUGACGCAACCCUCGACUGGGCUCCAGAGAGCUCGGGAACUGCAGGGUGGGAUCAGUUCGAAACUAAUGCUCGACUCUUCGGUGCCACAUCAAGCUACGAUGAAAAUAUAUACACCACUCGCAUUGACCGCUCAGAUCCAUCCUACAAACGCAAGGAAGCUGAAGCUGCUAGGAUCGCACGUGAAAUCGAAUCCGCCGAUACAGAUAACGCUCACAUGCGCGAGGAACGAGGCCAUGUCCACCAACAAGACGAUACUGAUGAAGAAGCAAAGUAUUCCGGUGUCAGACGUGAUGUCGUUGCUCCCUUGCCCACCGGACAGCCCAACAAGUAUAUGCCUCCUGCAAGACGACCUCCAACUGGUCAGCCAACUGUUCCCGGUGCUCCCGUUGACCCUGCUAUCAUUUCUGCCCAGCUCGCUCGCCCUGACAGCCAGACCAAAACUCCCACUCAGCCCAAGGAGACCACCGGAAAGGCCAUCACCCAGCAGGAAAAAGAAAAGGAAAAGGCUCCCGCAGCAGCUUCCAAGUCUACUGAGGGUCUCAAGACCGUUGCAAGCAACGGUGCAAUCGAGGCAGAGCGCAAGGCCGCUGCAGCUGGCGCUUCUUCUCAGCCAUCUGCCGCCUCAUCCACUCCACGCACGGGCGGCGAGAACGCUGCCUCCAAUGUUGAAACUGAAGUCCUUGAUCAUUUCCGACGAUUUGCUAAUGAUGAAAAGAUGAAACUUCAAGAACGACGACGCAACCAGGCAUCGUAUGACCGGACGAUCAAACUGAAUGAACUUAUGAAAUUUUCCAAGAACUUCAAACUAGGCACACCUGUCCCCAAGGAUUUGGUCCCCAUUCUUGCCAAAGACCCUAGCAAACAGGAAGAAAUUAUCGAGCGUGCAAAGAGACAACAUGAGGAAAAGAAUGCUGCCAUGCCAAACAAACCAUCCACUGGUACUCCUGCUACAUCGGCUGGCUCUACCAACGUUACCGCAGAGGCAAAAGCAACUUCCCGUAACUCUGGAAGUUCUCGGUAUGAAGGCGGAAACGGUCUCCCUGGAGCAACUCCUGACCGUCAAGGCGGUUAUGGGCGUGGUGGUGGACGUCAAGGUUAUACCCCCAUGGGCCCUCACGGCGGACGCCAGCUUCAACAUCCAGGAGGUCACUCAGGGCGUGGUGGCCCAGGUUUGCUCAGCCACCGGUUAGUCGAGAUCCAGCAACAACGCAAGGGCGCAAACAUGGGCAAUUCUCCAGCACCAUUGCCCACCCAAGAUGCCCGCAUGCAACAGCAUCAACAACAGCAGCCGCCGCCGCCACCACCACCAACCAGCUCUGCAGCGGAUCAAGGACCAAGCAACGGGCCUCCAAAGGCUGCAACUCACACGCCUACAUCUUCUUCUGCGUCAACCAAAUUCAACGUUCGUGCCAUGGAAUUCAAGCCUAACCCGGCCGCCAGCACCUUCACCCCUGCCAGUGCGGCAGGUGGUUCUUCCACCGCUACUCCUGUGAACACUCGACCUCAGUCUGUUCCAAGAGCUACGAGCCCAGCAGCCUUCUUUGGUUCUAAGAAGCCCCGACCAGCAUCUGAGCGCCCUUUGAUCGUUAAUGGCUUCAACCCUGUAAAGCGCAUGAAGAAAGAGGCUACUGACGCCGGGUCCAAGGACUAUGCCUUUAACGGAGGCAUUCCGCCAGCCUACAGAACUGCUCCGACCUGGGAUGUCUCCGCCAUUAACGAGAAGAAGACCUAUGCGGACAUGUUUAAACCCCCAGUUGUCGCUGCAUCUGCUUCUCCCCAAUCCCGAGCUUUAAAUGCUCAGAUGCCUCACCAGCAGCAAUUACCCUAUCAUCUCCAGCAUGCAGCACACACUAUGCCGCCACAAGCUGCACCACCAACUCAUCUCAUCCCUCCGCAACAGCCUCCUAUGCAUUAUGAUGAUCACCAUCGUAUGCAAAUGUCUGCAUCGUCAUCUCAAGUGUUUCCAUCCCCUCGGCUUCAGCACAGCACUCCCAUGGCAUACCAGCACUCUGUUGGACCACACAAUCAGAUGGCCAUGCAUGGUGUGCCUCCGUACUACCCUCAACCCGGACAUGUGCGCCAUUAUCCUACCGGACCGCAAUUCUCUAACCCGCCCACAGCUGCUCCUAUGAUGGCUCAGACUUCGAACGGUCCAUACAUGAACAUGCCACCGCAGAGCAUGACUCCGUAUAACCCUCCCAUGCAGAUGUUUUCUCCUAACCCUGGCCAUGCCUAUCCGCAGCAUGUCCCUCCAAUGCAGACACAUAGCGGGUACCCAAGCCCAAGUCGUGGGGCACCCAUGAUGAUGCACCAAGGCUCCCAGCAAGGACCUCCGCCUCAGCCCAUGAUGCCGAUGAACGGACAGCAAGGACAAGGCUAUUACCCUCCCCAACAACCUGGUCAUAUGCCCCCGAUGCGUCCUGGCCACCACCAGCAACACCCUCACUUUGCCUCUAGUCCGCACCAAGCCCAUAACUACCCCCACCACCAAUACCGUAGUCAAACCCAAAACAACAAUAACAGUAACAAUAACAACUUCAAUCAAAUACCUCAUGGGCCUCCACCUCCCAUGCAACCGCAAGGCGCCCCGCCUCCCGCCCCUACCCCAAAUGUCCAUCCAACCGAAGCCCCUGAAGAAGUUAAGUGA